AUUGGCUUGGACACCUCUUACUGGACAGUUGUGAACCAGUUCUUUAUCUGGGGCAGCCUUUCUGUUUACUUUGCUAUCACCUUCACCAUGUAUAGCGAUGGCAUGUACCUGAUCUUCACAGCCUCCUUUCCCUUCAUUGGUACGGCUCGAAACACCCUCAGCCAACCAAAUGUGUGGCUAGCAAUCUUCCUCAGCAUCACCCUCUGUGUGCUGCCGGUGGUUGGCUUUCGAUUCCUGAAGGCUCAGUUAAAGCCGACUCCCAGUGACAAAGUCCUGCUUAAGAUCAAAGAAGCCAAAAAGCGGCCCCCUCCACCCUCACCCAAGAGACGCCUGCGUCGGACCAGCACCCGCCGCUCUGGCUAUGCCUUCUCUCAUCAGCACGGCUUUGGAGCACUCAUUACGUCUGGAAGAAACAUGCGGCCAAAAUCACCUUUUGCCACAACAGGAACAUUUUCACCAAAUAGUGACAAAUACAAACACAAAGGAUUGUGA